CGUGUUUCCGCACAGAAGAAGCAGAAGCUGACACUCGCGGACCUUGGAGGGUUCAAUUUACCCAAAACUUCUUUUCAAAUGGGCCCCGUCGCCUAGCGUUUACUCCCCCAGCCUCGCCGACUGACUUGAACCGAGUGCUACGGAACAUCAAGCACGACCGGACCGCUAAAAGGUUUCCAUCCAGUGUUCAGUGACCAACAGUGUAAGAAUGGCAGCUAUUCCAGCAGGCGGCUCUCUCGUGGCGACCACUGACUACUACCGAAGGCGCAUUGGCUCGACGUCCAGCAGCAGCUCGUGUGGCAGUUCGGAGUACAGUGGAGAGGUCAUCCCCCACCAUCCAGGUCUCCCGAAGCAGGACUCGGGUCAUUGGUGGUCCAGUUUCUUCUUCGGGAAACAGCCUGGGAUGACCCCGCUCACGGAGGAGGCACAGCAGAAGGCGGGGGUCUCGGGGGUCGUGACCAACGGGCAGAUCACGUGCGUCGCCCGGGAGAUGGUGAUGAGGAGGCAAGUGAGCGAGAGCAGCGAGGCGGGGGGUCCCACCUCACCCUGAACCACCCCCAACACCCACCCCUCCCCACCCAGCACCCACCCACCCGCAGCACCCACGGCAGACCAGACCAGACCAGACCAGACCAGACCACCGCCCAACGCUAGGUGACGGGACAACAGCCCAGAAACUACCUUUUUUGUUUUGUUUUUUUGUUUUGUUUUUUUAUAUCGUCAGUAGUAUAGGCUGCGUUUUUUUGGUAACCCCCAUGUUUUUUAUUGACUUGCCAAAAGUUAAAGAAGAAAAAAAAUUAAAAUAAAAAAUAAGUUGAUAUUUUGUAACAUUUGUACUGUUCUCACUGUUUACACAUGCCUUCGUUGAACAUGCCACAUUUUUCACCUUGUGAUGAUAAUAAAGAGUAGACCGUGCAGCCUGA